AGUCCCGUGUGAGAGCUUGGUCACCGUCGUCUUGGUGACUGGUGCUUGUGCAUUCAGCAAUCCCAAAUGGCCACUGGGACCAUGUCUCAUUUCACUUUCCCAUCUUGGUCACGAGACUUGCUGAACAUGCUCAGUGAUUAAGCACAUUGCAGAAAAGGUAUCCUGGUAAUAAAGUGAUUUCAGAUGUAUUUAUUCAUUUAUAAUAAGAUUAUGCAAAAUGUAGGUUGGUUGACUGGGCAGUAGGAAUUUUACACCCCUAGUGAUGGGUGAGAUACUACACCCGGUUACUCACAGAACAGGAGUACAAGUGCCGGUCUUGAGAUUGCCUUAACUUGUCAAGCAGUAUACAGUCUAUGCUGACCCUGCUCACCCUGCAUUCCCAGGCAGCCUGCGUGCAUGGGUGGGUCCGGGGUGAGAACACAGAAGCAGGCCACUGGUGUGUAAUUAACACGAACCACAGGACCUGUGGGGGCUGACAUUGUAGGUGUGGUAGGCUCUCUUGGGAAAGAAAGCCUCUCAUCAGGGAGAGAGGCUCAGGAGGCAGGACCCGAGAGGACUGGGAAGAGGUGAUCUAGGUUUUCAAGGCUAUGGUACGGUGAUUUAUAGUCUACAAGCACGGGGCCUGCUGUUCCUGAAAAGGCAUGAGCAACGCCGAUGUUCUAUGAGCCAGUAAGCCGCGCCCAGGAGAAACUUCUGCGGGUAGGCACAGCGCAUGCGCGUGAGCAAGCAGUCAGGGAAAGAUAGUCCGUGACUUAGCCACGCCCUCCACUCGCUGCCCGGAAAAUGCCCGGUCACCGCAAGCUGUGGGGCUUCUCAGAACGGGGGUUGCGACAGCUUCGCCAUCAAAUGCGGGUCAAAGAAGAAAGAAUAGCUGAACUGGAAACAGAAAAUGCUAUUCUGCACCUGAAAUUGGCAGAGUACCAGGAAAGGAUGAACAGGAGCAGCCGUGAGGCCUGGCCCUAUGCUCUGCUCAGAACGAGGCAGUGUCAGCAGGGAAGCAUUCACGCAGCCUUCCUCCAGCUUGGCUGCCUGACUAGGAAACUUCAACAAGACGUCAAGGAACUGCGGAGUUCUUUUCUGGUGCUCUUACAAAGCCAUCAGGACGAGUACCAGAACUGCCUCUCUGACAUAAUGGCUGCCGUGCAGGGGGUACAGCCGAGCAGCGAGGCUCUUCGAGCUUGUCAGUCAGAGGCUGCAUGUCUACAGCGGUGCUUGCAGGAGCUGGAUUCACGCUUCCGCCUGGAACAGCAGAGGAGGAGAGCGCUCCAUAACAGCCUGGUGGAGCUGAAAGGAAACAUCCGAGUCCACUGUCGCAUCCGCCCCUUUCUGUCAUUUGAUAAAGAGUUGGAUGGUUCGGCUUCACAGAACUGCAACACCCCUGGAGAAGUGGCCCAUGCUGUUGAUGAUGAAACCGUCCUGGUGAGGUGUGCUCUUCCUGGCCGCCCUCCCGCUGAGAAGACGUACAGUUUUGAAAGAGUGUAUGGCCCAGCAGAUUCUCAGGCAACCGUGUUUGGAGAUCUACGUCCCCUCCUCAUAUCCCUUUUGGAUGGGUACAAUGUGUGCAUUAUGGCAUAUGGACAGACCGGAAGUGGGAAAAGCUACACCAUGUUGGGGCCCCACUCUGAAGGUGACUCUGUACUGCUGUCAGAUGCUCGUGAAGACUUGGGGAUCAUCCCCAGAGCAGCCGAGGAACUCUUCAGGCUCAUUUCAGAAAACCCUUCAAGAAGUCCCAAGGUUGGUGUCUCCAUCGUAGAAAUUUAUAAUAACAACAUUUUUGACCUUCUGGCCAAAGACAGUUCUACAGCGAUGUCCGGGUCUAAGUGCCAGACGGUGACAACCCAGGAGGGACGUUCAGAGGUACCCAAGCUGACCUGCAGGGCCGUCGCCAGUGCUGUGGAGUUUGUGGGGCUCAUCCACAGAGGGAUACAGCUCAGAGUGCAGCACCCCACCCUGGUUCACAAGAACUCUUCCAGGUCUCACUUGAUUGUCACGGCAACUCUGACCACAGCUUCCUCCCUGGGCAGCACUGCCCCACAGUCCAGCCAAGCUUCCCUCCAGAAGAAAGCAGGAGCAGGUAACCGGUGGACCACCUCUCCCCGGGCUUCCUCUCCGCACACUGUUCCAGUGGACUCUGCAGACCAUUCCGGGCAGGUGCUGGCCAGGCUGCAGCUUGUGGACUUGGCCGGCAGUGAGUGUGCAGCAGUGUCUGGGGUGACCGGUGUGGCACUGAAGGAGACCUCCUUCAUCAACCGGAGUCUGGCCGCCCUCGCAGACGUCCUCGGAGCCCUGUCAGAGCGCUGCGACCACAUCCCAUAUCGGAACAGCAAGCUCACCCACCUGCUCCAAGAUUCCAUCGGCGGUGAUGCUAAGUUUCUGAUGAUCCUGUGUGUGUCCCCUGGGCAGAAGCACAUGGCCGAGACUCUGCGGGCCCUAAAAUUUGGGGCGCGAGCUCGGCAGGUUGAGCGACGACCAUCCAGAAGGAGACCUCCCAGCUCCCAGAUGCAGAAGCCAGGGUUGGGCCCGGCGGGGUCACCGACUCUUUUUUGAGAUGUGCUUCUUGUCAUUGCUUUGGGAUGUGCAUGCUUCAGAAAUAAACAGUGUUCUCUUGGCCUCGA